AAAUACUUUUUUAUUUUUUUAUUUCUCAAUAAAAUUUUAAUAUUCCAAAAAAUUAGUUAUCCUUGCUUCUAAUUUUUGGAGUUGUGGUUGACUUUAUAGGUAGUAAGUUAUAACCAUAAUCAUGGUGAAUAACUAAUAAUAAGUAGCGUAAUGAAAUUGGAAAUUAAAUAUCAAUUAAUAAAAAAUCAUGAAUACAUUUUUUUUUGUCAUUAUAUUCCCUGUUGUUUGCAGAUUCUUACCAUGACCGGAGGAGAAAGCACCUCUGUGACAAUGACAUGGGUUCUCUCUUUGCUGUUGAAUCAUCCAAGUGUGCUAAAGACAGCGCAACAAGAGCUGGACCUCCACGUUGGAAUAGAUAGGUGGGUUGAAGAAUCAGACAUCAAAAGCCUGAAAUACCUACAAGCGAUUGUUAAGGAAACUCUACGCUUGUACCCACCAGGUCCCAUAACGGGGAUCCGUGAGGCCAUGGAAGAUUGUUGCAUUGCAGGGCAUCAUGUCCCAAAGGGUACGCGUUUGAUCGUCAACCUUUGGAAAUUGCAGCGAGAUCCACGAGUUUGGGAAAAUCCUGGCACGUUCCAACCAGAAAGAUUUUUGACAACCCACGCUGAUUUUGAUGUUAGGAGUCAAAAUUUCGAGUACAUUCCAUUUAGCUCCGGUAGAAGAUCAUGCCCUGCAAUCAACUUCGGCUUACAAGUUGUUCACUUGACACUCGCAAAGCUGCUCCAAGGAUUUGAUAUUAGAACACCGGACGGGAAGCCGGUGGAUAUGGGAGAAGGCCUGGGCCUUGCCUUACCCAAGAGGAAACCUCUUGAUGUUGUCCUCACCCCACGCCUUGCUCACGAGUUCUACAAGUGCCUUUAGACUUAUAUUAGAUCGUAGAUAAUAAUGGGCAAAUUAAGGCCUCGGCUUAGUGGUAUCCAUCCCUUUCAAGGUAGUGGGUAUCUUGCAGGCCUAUAUCCAAUCUUAUGUCUUGGCUUCCAAAGGGCUAUUGCCCUCAGCCACUUGUGUAAGGGAAAAAAAGCAAUAUUAAUCUAGACCUAGUUGAACCCCGCGUUGCCCCAGGGUGAACUGCAUUUUUCUUAAUUGGAAUUAAUAAUGUUUUUAGUAUUUUA